AUAGCGACCACGCAAAGAGAAAUCAAACACAAAGCAAAGACAAAAGUGUGACUUGUCCAAAAAUUCUCUUCUCCCUCGCACUCGUCUCGUCCGCAACCAUCGGAGAACCAAAAAAAAAAAAAAAAGGAAGAGAAGAGAGAGAGAGAGAAACAUGGAGUUGUAGAAUAGAGAGAUUAGAUGGCAAACACAGAGAGAUUAUAGUGAGAGAGAGAGAGAGAGAGCAGCAGGGCAAUGCUGGAAUUGAUUGGCUCUAAUUCAAAGUCUAACUAGAUUAUAUGGGGGGCAGUGGAACUCUCGUGGACGGUGUGCGUCGCUGGUUUCAACGCCAUACUUUUCAUUCUAAUAACAAUAAUCUUGAUAAUCAUGCUGUGAAUAAAUCUCAAUCUCAAUCUCAAGAACAACAAGGUCCUCUUACCAUUGUUGAAGACUUUGAUUUUGCUGGCUUAAAGCCCAUCAGGGUUCCCAAAAGAAACCACCUUCCAAUUUCCUACUCUAUGGAUCCUCAAAAGAAGGGUGCACUAGAAACAGAAUUUUUCACUGAGUACGGAGAGGCAAGCCGAUACCAAAUUCAAGAAGUCAUUGGGAAAGGAAGCUAUGGUGUUGUUGGUUCUGCAGUUGACACACAUACUGGAGAAAGGGUUGCAAUUAAGAAGAUAAAUGAUGUUUUCGAGCAUGUCUCUGAUGCCACUCGCAUUUUGAGAGAAAUUAAACUCCUUCGGUUGCUUCGUCAUCCUGAUAUUGUAGAAAUAAAGCAUAUUAUGCUUCCACCUUCACGACGUGAAUUCAGGGAUAUUUAUGUUGUUUUUGAGUUGAUGGAAUCUGAUCUUCAUCAAGUAAUUAAGGCAAAUGAUGACCUUACUCCUGAGCAUUAUCAGUUUUUCUUGUACCAGCUUCUCCGUGGUCUGAAAUAUACACAUACAGCAAAUGUGUUUCAUAGAGAUUUAAAACCAAAGAACAUUCUUGCCAAUGCUGAUUGCAAAUUGAAGAUAUGUGAUUUUGGGCUUGCUCGAGUAUCUUUCAAUGACGCUCCAUCAGCCAUUUUCUGGACUGACUACGUAGCAACUCGGUGGUACCGUGCUCCUGAACUUUGCGGAUCUUUUUUCUCCAAGUACACUCCUGCAAUUGAUAUAUGGAGCAUAGGAUGCAUAUUUGCUGAAAUGCUUACAGGAAAACCACUUUUUCCUGGAAAGAACGUGGUUCACCAAUUGGAUCUCAUGACUGAUUUACUUGGCACUCCUUCUGCUGAAUCCAUUUCAAGGAUUCGUAAUGAAAAGGCAAGGAGGUAUCUUAGUAGCAUGCGAAAGAAACAACCAGUUCCAUUCACACACAAAUUCCCCAACGUAGAUCCAUUAGCUCUCCGCCUAUUGGAACGCCUGCUUGCAUUUGAUCCAAAAGAUCGUCCAACAGCUGAAGAGGCAUUGGCUGAUCCUUACUUUCAAGGUUUGGCAAAUGUGGAUCGUGAACCAUCCACUCAACCCAUUUCAAAGCUGGAGUUUGAGUUUGAGAGGAGGAAAUUGACCAGAGAUGAUGUUAGAGAGUUGAUCUAUCGAGAGAUAUUAGAGUAUCAUCCUCAGAUGCUGCAGGAGUAUCUUCGUGGUGGAGAACAGACUAGCUUCAUGUACCCAAGUGGUGUGGAUCGAUUCAAGCGACAAUUUGCGCAUCUUGAGGAGCAUUAUGGUAAAGGUGAAAGGGGCACCCCCCCACUCCAAAGGCAGCAUGCUUCCUUGCCUAGAGAGAGGGUUCCUGCUCCUAAGGAUGAAACUGCUGCAGAAAAUAAUUAUGAAAGAACUGCAGCUUCUGUUGCUACAACUCUACACAGCCCUCCGUCUGAUGUUUCGGAAAAUGCAAACAAGGACGGGCAAAAUGGAAUCAACAAGCCAAACUGCAGUGCUCGUAGCCUAUUGAAGAGCGCUAGCAUUAGUGCUUCCAAGUGUGUGGUUGUGCAACAAAAAAGAGAUGGAGAGCUCGAGGAAGCAAUUCGUGAGGCGAACGAUGAGACGGUUGACGGGUUAACUCAGAAGGUGGCAAUCCUUCAUGCGUGAUUUCAAACUAAUGCGAUCUUCUACGGAAAGUGUCAGAUGUGGUAUAAAUUUGUGAUAAUGCCAAUUUUCUACUCAUAACCUGGAAAUGGGAUGAUGAGUCUUAUGACCUGCAUAGAAGAUCUUCACUUAUUUUAGGUAGAAGCUAAUAGUAGGACUACAUUCUUAUAGUUACCCUUUUUGUGUUACCAAAAUACGGAGGAGAUGCUCUCUUUUUAUUUAACUCUUAUUUUAUAUCUUUAUGUGCAACCGUAUACUUUGUGCGAUUGUGUAGUGUUAUA